AGUGUGCAUGCGUUCGUCCACGUGAACUCUUUGUUGCGUCUGGUGUACAUUUGUGUGUGUCCAUACCGGUCAUGUUUUGACAGCUGCCAAAAUAGUGCAAAAUAGAUGCAAUAAAAAACAUCAAUAGCAGAUAAGAUUAGAAGAGCCGCCGUUACACCUGUAUUUUUCAACACAUAACUUGUCAGACAAGGUCUAUUUGCAGAAGAGUUAAAGCACAAAAGUCUUGUCAUGAUUAAAUUUUUAUUUUCUUAAAGAUUAUUGCACUCCUAAACGAUGCAGGCUGUAAAAUCCUCUUAUAAGCUGCAUUUCACAAAGUGUCUGUCGAGAAUGGCAGGGAAAGAUGCAAAGGUGGAAUCAAAAUCAACAGACGUGGUAAGACAAGGAUUUAUGGUUAAACGUUCUCAAAACAAGAAACGUUUCACUCCUGUUAACUACAAGCAACGUUGGUUUGUACUCACACGUCGUCAUCUCGUGUACUAUGAUAGCGAUAGUGAGCGGCGCAAAGAACGAGGUCGUAUUGCGAUUGAAACAGUCCAUGUGGUAGAAACAGCAAAUCUUGGUAAUAAUCCUGGAUGUGGGAGUGGGAAUACAAAAAUAGAUACAACUGGUAAUGACUUAGGUAGUAGCGGAGGUAACGUACCACCAGGACUACCAUUCCAGAUAGGAUAUCGAGAAGCUGGACAAGAGUACACUCUUUAUCUUCUUGCUGCAAGGGAGCAAGAUCGAUCUGAAUGGAUACGUGCUAUCCGUGCUGUUUGCUGUGAAAAUCCAGGUUUAAGCGAUCGUUAUCACUUGGGCUUGUGGAGUGGAAAACGUUGGUCCUGUUGCCGUUUAUUAACGAGGUCUGCCGAAGGUUGCGAUACAUGCAGUUCUUGGUCUAUGAAUGUGACAAACGCUCCAACGUGUCCGCUCCGAACAAUAACUUCUGCCACGGGAAAUGUUACUGCCUCGAUUGUCAAUUCAUCAGCGGAUUCUACAAUUCAAAUGGCAAACGCUGAAACGAACAACAAUCCGAUCAUUCAACCUCAGGCGUGUUCUACAUUUGGUACUCCUUCAACUCCAAUAAUGCCGGGUGGAACUCCUGGUACUCCAUCUUCUAAAAAUAAAGACAAAGUAGUUACAAGGGCCAAGGUUGUGGUGGCUUUGUAUCCUUUUCGUGCAAUAGAAGCUGGAGAUCUUUCUCUUGAAAAGGGUGCGGAAUAUGAGGUAUUAGAUGAUUCCCAAGAACAUUGGUGGAAGGUGAAAGAUGAGCAUGGAUCAAUUGGUUAUAUACCUAGUAACUAUGUGAAAGAAAAAGAACUUUUAGGAUUGCAAAAAUAUGAAUGGUAUGUGGGUGAUAUGUCAAGACAACGAGCGGAAUCUUUAUUGAAACAAGAAGAAAAGGAGGGAUGUUUCGUCGUUCGUAAUUCCUCAACGAAAGGUCUUUAUACACUUUCACUUUAUACAAAAAUUCCACAUCCACAUGUAAAGCACUAUCAUAUAAAGCAAAGUUCACGAGGAGAAUUCUACCUCUCGGAAAAGCAUUGUUGCAGUUCGAUUCCUGAUCUUGUGAAUUACCAUCGACAUAAUAGCGGGGGACUUGCUAGUCGAUUAAAGACGAGCCCUUGCGAUAGACCAGUUCCACCCACCGCCGGCCUCAGUCAUGAUAAAUGGGAAAUAGAUCCGGCAGAAUUACAUUUACUAGAUGAACUAGGCUCCGGUCAAUUUGGAGUGGUACGAAGAGGAAAAUGGCGUGGUUCCAUCGACGUUGCUGUGAAAAUGAUGAAAGAAGGAACUAUGUCUGAAGAUGAUUUUAUAGAAGAAGCAAAAGUUAUGACGAAACUACAGCAUCAAAAUCUCGUCCAAUUGUAUGGUGUUUGCAGUAAAGACAGACCGAUAUACAUUGUCACAGAGUAUAUGCGGCAUGGAUCUCUUCUCAACUACCUCCGUCGUCACGAAACCACAUUAGGUGCAAAUGUUGGUCUUUUGCUGGAUAUGUGCAUACAGGUCUGUAAAGGAAUGGCAUAUUUGGAGAGACAUAACUAUAUCCACAGAGACCUUGCAGCACGCAAUUGCUUAGUUGGAUCUGAAAACGUAGUGAAAGUGGCUGAUUUCGGUUUGGCAAGAUAUGUCCUAGAUGAUCAAUAUACCAGUAGCGGGGGUACUAAAUUUCCAAUUAAAUGGGCACCGCCAGAAGUUUUGAACUAUACUCGAUUCAGUUCUAAAUCGGACGUCUGGGCGUAUGGGGUAUUGAUGUGGGAAAUUUUUACCUGUGGAAAAAUGCCUUACGGUCGUCUCAAGAAUACCGAGGUUGUCGACAGAGUUCAACGUGGAAUUAUAUUAGAAAGACCGAAGGCUUGCUUCAAAGAAGUUUAUGAGGUAAUGCGAAAGUGUUGGGCACACUGUCCGGAAGUUCGACCUUCCUUUCGUGUUCUUAAGGAACAGCUCAUUAGCGUUUCUCAAGGCCUUCUCAAUGAUUGACUCAACCUUCUCCGGUGUAUGCGCCUUUCUUCACCCUCUGGCCGAUCAAUACAAUACAUAAAGUCUCCAUCGUCAUUGGAGCAAUCGACUUCUGUUUUAGCAUCCUCUAAUUCAUCGUGCAAUUCUGCGACAUUACCUUCAUCACAUAAAACUCGUGCACCGGCCUCUUUGCCUUCCUCGGUCAACUUCCUUCAUUUAUCAUCGACCAUAUCUAGACCGGAAGAGGAAGAAUCAUCUUCGCAAAGCACGACUCAUCACUUGGCUAGUCAACCAUCCGCAAGUUCGUCUAACGUUUGCGACAUUUGCAGUUCUUAUGGACAUCCGUGGAUAGAACUUUGCAAGGCAAUACGGGCUACUAAAGAUAAAUGAACAUUUUCGUUUAUUUGUAAUAUAAUGACUAAACAUCGUUUUUGCUUCAUAAAAUGCUUAAAUACAGGCUGCCCUCUGUUUUUAGUCUUCACAACGAGAAAAUUAGAGUAAAAUUGGAAGGAAAUUGAGGAAGAAAAAUACAAUAAAUAUUAAACAAACGAAAAAAAAAGAGUGCGUGUAAAGAUGAGGUUCUAAAAAGCUUCUUUACUGAAAUAUCGCUAUUAAGAAAAGAAUUAGUUGUACGUUUGAAACAUCUUAUAUUACACAAUAAAUGUUUAAGAUAUAAGCGAGUUGUGGCAUGUGUAACCAUUGAUAUAAUAAUUUUGGUAUUUUUUAUUUUUUUAUCGUUUCAAUAUUGAACAAUUAAGAAAGUGAUAUAUUUUAGACUGUGUAGUAAUUCACUGAUUCAAUGUAGUUUACAAUAUCUAAUAGAAUAAUGGCCUCGAUGUAACAACGAUAUUCGUCAGCAUCUUUAAAUCGAUCUACUUUCAUAUUUUUCUCUGCUCGUUUAUGUUUAUCCUAUUAUUAUUAUUAUUAUUAUUAUUAUUAUUAUUAUUAUUAUUAUUAUUAUUAUUAUUUUUGUUUUAUGUUUUAUUUUUAAAGCGUUUAUAAAAAUUUAUGAUGUCCAUAAUGUUUGUUUAUAUCUUUCUCUCGAUACACCAUAAUUUCAUUAAAUCUGUUUGCGGAUUAUUACAGGUACUAAAUAAUUAUACAGUACAAAAACGAUCGUGGUUACGACCAAUAAACUUAAUGUAACGUCCAUUCGAUCGUUUAAACAUUUCUUACUUUUUACAUGAAAUUAUAUUAAAAUAUUUUAAAUAAUUCUAUACAUGCACCAAUUUCCAAGGAUAUAAUGAUAUUUCCUCAAGUCAUAACACAUUUAUUUGAAAAGAAAAUGUUAUUCUUUAUUAUAUCAUACCUUCUUAUACACUUCGGGAGAGACUGAACGUGAUAUAUUUAAAACGAAAGAACUACCAUGGUAGUAUACACUGAUGGACUGAGGCAGAAUGACAUAUUGAAGCCAACUGGAAGCCAGUGGAAAAUGCUGAAACAAAAUAACAUUUCUAGGGGAUCCUGCCAAUAUUCUUAUAGCAUGCAUACACUUAAUUUAUAUAGUAUUAGCAUUGUAUUAAAUAAUAAUAGAAAAUAAGGAAAGACGAAGAAGAGAAAUUUCUCUUUGAAGAUAUCUUUUAGAUUAGAAAAAGAGAUAUUGAUAUUACACUUCAUAAUAUAAAUAUGAAUGAAUGAAUAAAUAAAUAAAUAAAUAAGUAAAUAAAUAAAUAAAUAUAAAUAUAUGUAUAUAUAUACACAUACAUACAUAUGUGUGUGUGUGUGUGUGCGUGUGUGUGUGUGUGUAUGUAUAAAACGUAGACUUUGAAAGUGAUAAUAAAGGUGUAAGACAUGUAUUAUUUUUUCGAAAAAUCCAGCAUUUAUAAUUAAUAUUAGCGCGCAAUAAUAAUCAACUUUUAGAAUUUCGCAUCACUUUCAAAACGAGAAAUUUGUAUGGAGCACGUAAUACUCCUGAUGUCCAAUGUAAGUUUGAUCAAUGCAAUCGUAUAAAUUUAAAUCUUUUUAGCACGAUAAAGUGUCUGGCUAUUGCGUUAAUGCAAUCUUUGAGAGAUGUUGUGUUGUAUGGCCAUAACACAUACUAUUAUUUUUUAAUACUUAUUGUUAGUAUAAAUUUAUGUUAAAUUGAAAAUACAUCUGAAUAUCGAUAAAAUGUUAUGUAUUAGAUAGACACAAAUCGAUACAGAGAGCCAAAUAAUAACAGGAUAGAUAAAUUGUUUUGUACGUUUUUGUCUUUUGAGCAUAAAAAUAAAAUAAAUAGCUUUCUGUAUGAA